ACCGCGGUUUCGGUCGCUAAGGGCCUAUUUAGUGUGGGGCCGUGGCCUACAGAUCCGCUAUCUUCAGGAAAGCCCACCAGCAGCCGCGGCGGUCUGGUUUUGAGCCCCUGCACAGCAUUACUCUAAUGUGGCGGACAUGUGUCCCUUGAAGGGAAGAAUUGAUUACCCGCUUACAUAAUUUUUGGCUGCAAAUAGACAGCGGAUGGUGCAGGUCGAUUGGCUCAUCCAGCUCCAGAUACCGAAUGGCCACAGCUGCUUGGCUCGAUAUAAGUACAAUCGGCGUUUUCGCCCUCUUUCUGGGUGGUGAAACACCUCACUGUUCGGGUACCAUUUGUACAGAUGACUGCGUAUGUGAAUCCCCUUGUGGGGGAACCCAGGGAUAUCCGUGGAAAUGUUCCUUCAUGUUUACGCAUAAAUAUACAUUUACAAGCAAGAAGGCACGAAGCUGGAUUCCACAACGGUGUACUCCAUCAUCUAUCUCAUGCCGUUGGAUCGGAGCAAGUCCCGCAACUAAGACUUGUGACGAUGCAGAUCGGGACUUCAAAGUAUCGGAAUGGCAGAGGCGCCCUUUUCGGACGUGUAAGGUCCUUAGGCUAACUUGAAGUUGGGUUUGGAUUCCACACUUCUGGUGUGGUCUCGCGUCCUUCAGCCGUUUGAUAUUUGCAGUCGCGAAUAUCGUAACGAUGGCGAGCCAGAUCAAUUCGUCGGGGAAAUGCAGUCCAGGACAAAGUCGGAUUGACACGAGGUAGCGAACGCGACG